AUGCCGGUAGCCAUUCAUGACGAGGUCCUGAUGUCUUUGGACCACAUCUGGUGGCAGCUGCGUACGAAGCUGGACUCGUAUCUUGACGUGGCGGAGGAUGAAGUAAAAGCAUUCCAGGGUUCUCUCGUGGAGCUGAAGAACUACAUGGACUGCAAGAAGGGCUUCUCCGACCUCGCCGCCGGCUACGCCCAAAGCAUGUCCGCACUCGGCCGAAGCCACCGCCACCUUCGGGCCACAUGGCGCCAAGGCACGAACUUGCUCGGAGAGUUGGCAUCCGUCCUCGCCGACACAGAGGCCUGCGAGCAGUGA